CAAGUUGGUUCCAAAUAUCCUGAAUACUCACUCCUGUGCGAGCAUGGCCCUGCAGCUCCCUGGAGCAUCUAGGCAAAGCCCGAAGUAGUACGGCAGACAGUCGCAAGUGGAGAUGAGGCGAUAUGGUGGUGCAGAGUUGUAUCUGCUGCUUCUGUUGGUGGUACUCAGGUUGCCAUUCUUGGGUCCAUAUGGCGUUCUAGGAAGCCAGGACGACAGUAGGACGCUUCCGUCCGCAGCCACUCUCGCUCACUGUCCAAAGCGUUGCGGCAACCUCACCUUCGAUUACCCCUUCGGCAUCGGCCCCGGCUGUUCCCGCAAUCCCGACUUCGAGCUCACCUGCGACAACACCGCUCACCCGCCCAAGCUGCUCUUGUGCGACGGCACCACUCAGGUUUUCGAAAACAUUACUACUACCGACAACUUCUCUAUAUCGCUAUACAGCCUUGACCACCUAUAUAUCCCCAUUAACAUUUCUUACAUAAUUCAUAUGAGAUCUGGAGUCGAUGAAUACCAUAUGUACUGGGAAUCUCCGGGGAGAUCCUUUAGUCUGCCAGGUGCCAGUCUUAAUAUAACCGGUUGUGACUUUCAUGCGUCCCUGGUCGGCAACGGGUCAGAUUCAGUCGCUGAUGAAAACUGCGUGGCCUCCUGCCCCGGUGAAGAAAUCACGGGCAUAUUAGCUAGGGGGAUCUGUAAUGGUACUGGGUGCUGCACCAUUAAUUUCGAUAAUUAUGGUUUUGCUUCUCGCACCUUUCACCUCAGAUUUGUCCACCAUGGACAUGGCAAGCUCAGGCCAAGUAAUAAUGGCAGCUCCUUAUGGGACACAAUCCAGAUAACCAGCUCUACCUCUCUCAAGUGGAGUAUCGUUGCUCAAGCAAACUGUGACUACGUAAAGGGAAACAAGACAAACUAUGCUUGCAUAAGCAAAGACAGCAUAUGCCUUGACGCUGAUGGUUUUGGGUACUACUGCUACUGCCGAGAUGGAUACGGAGGCAAUCCAUACAUUCUCGAAGGCUGCUCACCUGACAAAGGUUAUAAUCCCGUGCAACAGAAAGAGCAUUGUACUCGUUCUUGUGGCAACAUCAGUGUUCCAUACCCUUUUGGUUUGGCAAAAGGUUGCUCCGCAAGAGAAACAUUUCAGCUCAAUUGCACAAGUGCAGGAUCACUUCUUCUUUUAACGUAUGAUGAAUACUCUCGUGUGACCAACAUAAAUGUUAAUGAUGGAUUCAUUGAAUAUAUGGGGGCCGGGGAUGGAUUUGAAGAUUUUUCCUUGGCUCUUAACCAAGGGCAACAAUUAUAUACAAGUUCCAACCAAACGGCAUCUCUGGAGUGGGCCGUGGCCAAUUUAACUUGUCUGGAGGCUCAGCAAAAUAUCUCAGGUUAUGCAUGUGUGAGUUCCCGAAGCACAUGCGUGCCUGUUACUUCGGUUAAUUCCUUUCAUGGUUACUAUGGUUACCGCUGCAAGUGCGAAGAUGGCUUCCAUGGAAAUCCCUAUAUUGAACAUGGCUGUAAAGAUAUCGAUGAGUGUCUUAAACCAAACAAUUGCACCGGAAUAUGCCAUAAUGCUAUCGGAACAUUCACAUGUACCGAAUGUCCUCCCAAAACGGAAUAUGACCCGACAAAUCUGCAAUGCACUCCAACGAAACAGCAAAAUCUCCUGAUGGGUAUUAUAAUUGGACUCUGCAGUGGGGUCGGCAUUAUACUCUUGAGUUUAUUUGUCACAUUCUUCAUAUUAACGUGGAAAAGAAACAUUCAAAGACAACUAAGAAGGACAUAUUUCCGGAAAAACAAAGGUCUUCUCCUGGAACAACUGAUAGCAUCUGACGAAAAUGCGAGUGACAAGGCAAAGAUUUUCUCAUUCGAAGAUCUGAAGAAGGCAACAAAUAAUUUCGACCCCAUGCGCGUCUUGAGCCGUGGAGGCCAUGGGACAGUUUACAAAGGCAUAUUAACUGAUAAACAUGUGGUGGCAAUAAAAAAGUCAAUUGUGAUUGAAGAAGAUGAGACCAGUCAAUUCAUUAAUGAGGUAGCAAUCCUCUCGCAAAUAAAUCACCGAAAUAUCGUAAAGCUCUUUGGGUGCUGUCUUGAAGCUGAGGUGCCGUUGUUGGUAUAUGAUUUUAUUCCCAAUGGUUCAUUAUUCGACGCCCUACAUGGAAGUUCAAGUGGUAAAUUAUGUCUGGGCUGGGAUGACUGCCUGCGGAUUGCUGUAGAAGCUGCAGGAGCUCUUUGUUAUCUCCAUUCAUCAGCUUCAGUGUCAGUCUUCCAUCGUGAUGUCAAGUCCUCCAAUAUACUGUUAGACGGAAAAUGCACCGCCAAACUUUCAGACUUUGGUGCUUCAAGAUUGGUCCCGAGAGAUAAGACCCAUCUUGUAACAAAUGUUCAAGGCACUCACGGGUACUUAGAUCCGGAGUAUUUCUACACUGGGCAACUAAACCAGAAGAGUGAUGUGUACAGUUUUGGGGUUGUGCUUUUGGAGCUGCUUCUUAGAAGAGAGCCUAUCUUUACAGCUGAAUCAGGAUUGAAACAGAACUUGUCCAGCUACUUUCUGUCGCAGAUAAAUAUGCGACCGAUUAAAGAGAUUGUGUCCGUUCAGGUUCUGGAAGAAGCAACAGAGGAAGAAAUGGAAAAUAUUGCCUCGCUUGCGGAGAUGUGCUUGAGGCCGCAAGGGGAAGAAAGGCCGACCAUGAAGCAAGUUGAGAGCAGAUUGCAAGUUUUAAGGGCAAAGAGACCAAGGGCGCGUCCAAUUACUCUAGACAACGUUGCAGAGAAAAAACCGUUACUAGAUACAAGAUCAAAAGUCAAUUAUCAGCCAUUGCGUGUUGAAUGGGGGGACACUGCCAGUUCAUCGUCUCAAUCGAGCAAAAGAUGUUACAGCCUGGAGCAAGAGUCUACUGCGCACCGUUAACAGUGUUUGUUCGAAGCACUGUGGAAGCAAUUGCGAAAUACUUCGUAUUGUUAGCAAUAUCAUGGGAUAUGCGGUCUACCCAUCUACUCAGUCUGUCUUUUUCGUAAUGCCGCUAACAAUGCUCCGUGAUGCCUCACAAUGCAUGCUGAGACCUAUUUAUAGACUAUACUUUCAGGUGUUA